AUGUCAUCGCGUCCAUCGAGCUCCUCUGUCCUCCAUGAAACAUCGGAUUCGUAUAUGCGUAGCACAUCUGAGACUUCAUUCAAGUCUCCAGAGCCUGUGAAACUCGGCAAACACAAGCGCAAGCCCAAUCCACCCCUACAAUCAUCGAAACUUGGUAAACGGAAGCAUAAACCUUCUGAUGAGGAAGAGGAUCAAGUUGAAGCGAAGCGGCAUCUGAAAGCUAAGUCGUCUAAACGUCCACGAUCCCAUCGAAAGGAGGAAAAGGGUGCUUUGACACCGCGUGAUCAAUGUCUGAACUUCGCUCGGUGGAUCCCUCGAGGGAUUGACAUGUUCUGCAUUCUCAAGGAUGUCUUCCGCAUCGCACCUCUAAUCGAGGAUGUGCGUGCUCAAUCUGGCGAUGACUCCGACGUAGACGAUGCGCACCUUACUCUUCUGGCUAACAUAUCGAAGGAUACACAGGACCAGAUGCUCCAAACCUACAAGAAGAUCAUUGCCGGUGCACCUUAUCUCCAAGAACUCAUGAAAGGUGAUCGAAAGAAGUCUAACGAGCUACAGAAGAUUCUUGAUGAUAUGCAAUAUUUGAUUGGACAGGUGCGAUCCGAAGACGCUGCUCACUUGAAAAGGAGCAUCACCCGAUAUGCUACCUUCGAUGGUAAGGGUCUGCAGCCUUCGGUCUUCCCCGAAAGCAAGGAAUCACGCGCCAAAAUGGGUCUCAACCACCCACAAAUCGCGCUCUUGUUGUGUCCCAUCAAAUUCCUUUCUGAAUAUCAAAAGGACCCCUCAGCUACUAAAGCCAAACUUGAGGCUGGAACUAUCAACAUGGAUGCGCGAGCUUGGCCCGCACUGUUGUAUAAGGCUGGAGCCGCUGGAGUGGCUGGGGAGGCCUUUGACCUGACCAAUGUACAGGAUGGCCUUUUCGAAGGAUUUCUACUUGAACGCGUUAUGAAACAUGUACUUACCGGUCCCUCGUCUGCACUUGCUGGAGACGACUUUCACGUCUCCAAUUCUUGCAAUGCUGUGAUCCACGGAAUGAUGACAGUAGAAGCCGAAAACAUUGCUUAUGCAGCCGUUCAGGCACGCUCAGCCAUUACUUCUCGCGACAAAUGGACCGCAGAGGAUGGUAAAUUCUCAUAUCGAAAGUUUUAUUACAGGAUCAUCGACGUCAUCCACAAUCCGCCAGACAAAGGAUGGGCAACAGCAAUCCUACAACACUACAACCUAAAAUUAUUCAAAGACAAGGCUGGACGUGCUGCCGCCCUCUCAACCUAUCCAACCUCAGAUGCUGGAGACUUGGACGAAGAUGAAGACAACGUUGCAUUGAUGCGCAAACAGUAUGCUCUUCGGUCUGCUAAUCCCACAAACACAGUGCGACCUGCUCCACCACCGCCUGCUCUAUCGAGUUCUAUUGGCUCAGAGGUGCUUCCUCCACGGCUGCGUACUCACCAGGACCCAAGCCCGGCAGUCUCACCUUUUCCUCAACGGCUGCAUACUCACAAUGACCCAAGCCCGGCAACCUCACCUUCUCCCCCGGCUCUGUCCUCACCUGCAGCUGCUCCCCCGGCUCCAAAGCCACACCCCAAACCACGGCCUAUGCCAGUUAGGAAGCCCCAGGUGCAAGAUCUGUUCUCACCUGCAGCUGCUCCCCUGGUUUCAAACUCGCAUCCCGUUGACACAGCACCAUCCGAGGCAUCCACACCACUUCCCCGCAAAAAGCAGAAGUUAGCCCAACAAGAAAGCCCACUUACGGAAUCCGAAGCGGAAGAAGUUGAGACUCCAGUUCGAAAAUUGCCCCGAAAAACUCAAUCCAAGGCCAAGACUGCUAAAUCCACUAGCACACCGAAGAAAUGGAAGGGAAAAAAAUGA